AUGACCAAGCGAUUUGAAUUUAACUGGCAGAUCCCCGUACCCGAACCCUUGCUCCAAGGAGCUGUAUUCGACAGAUGGACCGAAGAAAAAGACAACACGGAAUUGGAAAAAGAAUGCCUUUUCAAAGUCGACGAGUAUGGCUUCUUCAUUUAUUGGAAGAGUGAAGGAAAGGAUGGAGACGUGAUUGAACUGUGUCAAGUCAGCGACAUCAGAUCUGGAGGAGUGCCAAAGGAUACGAAAUUGAACGACAAACUAACAACCAAACAUGGAAACCAAUUAGAGGAUAAAUCGUUAACCAUAUGCAGUGGUACGGAUUACAUCAACAUCAACUAUCAACACGUAGUAUGUCCUGAUGCAAAUACUGCCAAGGUCUGGUUGGAUGGCUUGAGAAAGAUCACCCACAACGUGAAAGCCAACAACGUUUGCCCCAUGACUUGUCUCAAGAAACAUUGGAUGCGUCUAAGUUUCCUCACGGAUCCCAAAGGCAAGGUGCCAGUUAAGGUGGUCGCGCGAACAUUCGCUUCAGGGAAAACGGAAAAGCUGGUUUACCAAUGUCUCUCGGAACUCGGACUUCCUUCUGGAAAAAAUGAGGCUAUGGAAAGAGAAGCAUUCACAUUUGAUAAGUUCUACGCCCUGUAUCAUAAGAUCUGCCCCAGAAAUGAUAUUGAAGAAUUGUUUAGGACUAUAACUCAAGGCAAAUCGGAUCGUAUCAAUUUGGAGCAAUUCGUCAACUUCCUGAAUGAGAAGCAGCGUGACCCGAGACUCAAUGAAAUCCUUUACCCACUCUACGAAGACAAGCGAGCAGUGGAGAUUAUCGAAACUUAUGAACAGAAUGACGAAGCAAAAACUGCCAAGUGCCUUACAAAAGACGGUCUCAUCCGAUACCUUAUGUCGGACGAGAACGCUCCAGUGUUUCUCGACCGUCUGGACUUCUACAUGGAGAUGGACCAGCCUCUAUCCCACUAUUACAUUAAUUCAUCCCAUAAUACGUAUUUAUCUGGUCGUCAGUUUGGUGGAAAGAGUUCUGUUGAAAUGUAUAGACAGGUUUUGCUGGCUGGAUGUCGAUGCGUCGAACUCGACUGCUGGGACGGCAAAGGUGAAGACGAGGAGCCAAUAAUAACUCACGGAAUGGCCAUGUGCACUGACAUUUUAUUCAAAGACGUGAUUUACGCUUUGAGGGACACAGCUUUUGUGACGUCAGACUAUCCCGUGAUCCUAUCCUUUGAGAACCACUGCUGUAAGGCCCAGCAGUACAAGUUAGCCAAGUACUGCGAUGAAAUUCUUGGAGAUCUGCUUAUGAAGGAGCCGCUGCCUGAUUAUCCGUUGGAGCCAGGAAUGCCUCUUCCUCCGCCGUGCCUUUUGAAAAAGAAGAUAAUGAUAAAGAACAAGCGGUUAAAGCAAGAAGUCGAGAAACAGGAGUUGGAGCUGUUCAGGCAGGGACAGUUCGUGAUUGAAGACGAGGUUAAAGAGGAUGCAUCGGCUGUUGUACUUCCAGAAGACAAGAAGCCUGAGGAAAUAGUCCCCAUCAAGUUCAUCUCCUUCGAGGAGGCCGAGAAGCGAAAUAUCCACCACAACAUGUCUUCCUUCGCCGAAACAACGGGAAUGAACUACCUCAAGAGUCAGGCUAUUGACUUCGUCAACUACAACAAACGUCAGAUGUCACGAAUUUAUCCCAAAGGGACGAGGGCUGAUUCGUCUAACUAUAUGCCUCAGGUAUUCUGGAACGCGGGCUGCCAAAUGGUGUCCCUAAACUUCCAGACCUCCGACCUUCCGAUGCAGCUGAACCAGGGCAAGUUUGAAUACAACGGGAAUUGCGGGUAUCUUCUAAAGCCGGACUUCAUGCGUCGGGCGGAUAAGAGCUUCGACCCCUUCGCCGAUGCACCCGUCGACGGAGUCAUUGCUGCUCAGUGUGCUGUACAGGUGAUAGCGGGUCAAUUUUUGUCAGACAAAAAAGUGGGUACUUACGUAGAAGUGGACAUGUACGGUCUACCCACCGACACCAUUCGUAAAGAGUUCCGGACACGAAUGGUGCCCGCUAACGGAUUGAACCCUGUCUAUAACGAGGAACCAUUUUUAUUCAGAAAGGUCGUACUCCCGGACUUGGCCGUUCUGCGUUUCGGGGUGUACGAUGAGAAUGGCAAACUUUUGGGCCAACGUAUUCUGCCCUUGGACGGUCUCCAGGCGGGAUAUCGCCACAUCUCCCUCAGAACUGAAGCCAACUUCCCAAUGUCAUUGCCUAUGCUGUUCUGUAACAUUGAGCUGAAGAUUUACGUACCUGAUGGCUUUGAAGAUUUCAUGGCGGCUCUGUCCGAUCCGCGUGCUUUCAUGGGAGCGGCGAAGGAGAGAACAGACAAUAUGAAGGCCAUGGGCAUAGAGGAGAGUGGACCCGAGAAGAAACCGGAGCCUGAACAGAAGAAAGAAGAACCGCUGGUAUUCGAGCCAAUAACAGUUGAGUCCCUCCAACAAGACAAGGGCUUUCUCAAGACCAGCAAGAAGCAGCAGAAAGACUUGGAGGCGAUGAGAAAGCGACACGCCAAGGAGAAGAUGCUUUUACAGAAACAGCAGUGUGCUGCUAUUGAGAAGAUGAUUAAGGGAAAGAAUAAAGAGCAGCUGACGAACGACACGACCUUUCGCACGCUCGUGACGGACCAGUCCAACACGUGGAGCGAGCUAGUCUCCCGCCACCGCAGAGAGGAAUGCGCAGCCGCCAGGACCAGGCUGGACGAUCAGCGGGAGCUGCUCAAGAAGAUGAUGGAGCAGACGCAGCUGGCGCAGAUGAAGCAGCUCGAAGCCAAGCAUGAGAGGGAAUUAAAAGAAAUGAACACUCGUCAAGCAAAGAUCAGCGUCGAGACGAGUAAGGAAGUGGCCAACGAUAAGACCUUAAAGACUAAACAGGAGAAGGACAGAAGACUGAGGGAGAAGAAGCAGAACAACAUCAAGAAGUUUAUGGACGAGAAGAAGACUCAAACAAUAAAGCAAAAUCGCGAGAAAGAGAAGCUGAAGGUGACACACGACAAGCAGGUGGAAGAACUGGGGAAGGACAUAGAUAACCUCAUCGAAAUGUACAAAAUGGAAGAAUCCGAGUUCGACAUGGCGAGCAAAGCAGAGUUCUUAGCAUGA